AUGUCUCUAUGUCAAUUGCGCCUUGGAGAGGAGAGAAAGCAAUGGAGGAAGGACCAUCCUUUCGGAUUUUGGGCACGACCAGUCAAGAAUUCUCAAGGCGUUCUUGACCUAAAGAUCUGGGAAUGCGGUAUCCCCGGCAAGGAAAAGACAAUGUGGGAAGGCGGUCUCUUUAAACUGACGAUGACGUUCCCUGACGAGUACCCUACGAAGCCCCCGAAAUGCAAGUUUACGCCGCCUUUGUUCCACCCCAAUGUCUAUCCAUCGGGCACCGUCUGCCUUUCGAUCCUAAACGAGGACGAAGGCUGGAAGCCGGCGAUCACUGUCAAGCAGAUCGCACUCGGCAUCCAAGACCUCCUAGACAAUCCCAAUCCGGAGUCUCCCGCACAAGCUGAAGCAUACAACCUCUUUAAGCGAGACAAGGCCGAAUACGAGCGACGUGUGAGGCGAACUGUUAAGGAGAACCCUGCCUCUUAG